AUGGCACUCCAAAGUUCAGGAUCUUUUGAGAGUUGUGAAACAGUGAACAUCUCAUAUUAUAAUGAGAGUGGAUUUAGUGUCAGUAUACCCAGAUGUCAUCUGAACAUCAAUGACAGCGUGGGCAACUUCUCGUGCCAGUGGAGUGGGAGUGAGUGCUAUUCCCAGUGCUCCAGCGGAAACAGCUCUCUGGUCAACCUCACUGACUCGGUCCGGGUGUGUUUUCUGGACCGUUGCAAAAGCUUCUACUUACCUGAAUCAAACAUGUCCUGCAUCACCAUCGUGUGCACCCAAAGCGACAUUAUUGAACUUCUACAGAAAUAUGACAAUCAAAAUGCAACCAUCGAAGACCUGAAGAGAAUUCUGGAUGUAAAGCGGAUUUGCCAGAAUGUCUUUGAUGACCCUGAAUUAGUGCAAACCUACAUUGAUGUGGAAUACAAGAUCAUUCAUAAUGUUAUCAGGAGCACAUCAAUAAAUACUUCUGCGGUGGAGCAUGACCUGGGGGAUAUGCUCAUGACCAUCACUGGAGCCAACUGCAGCACACACCACAACCUCAUCAAUGCCACAUCUCACAUGGUGGUCCCAGGUUAUGUCCCAGUGGAGAUUCAGAUUCCUCUGGAAGCCUUUCACAACAUCCCUGAGGACCAACAGAAAGCUGCAGUGAUUCACUACUCAUCUCCACAGCAGUUCACGGUCAGUCAGGAGGUGGACUUAGUGUCCAGCGUGGUGCGAGUAGAGCUGGCGGAGAAGCCCAACACCCCACUCAACACCCCACUCAGCACCCCACUCAACACCCCACUCAGCACCCCACUCAGCAUGACCUUCACCGUGGAUAGACGUGAAUGGGAAGUUAAUUCAACUGAUAAUUUCUCCUGUCAGUAUUAUGAUGAAUUUACUGCAAGUGAGUUGCGGUGGAGCAGCCGUGGGUGUGAGCUGGCGCUCCUGGACAGUGAGGACAGCAGCCGUGUGCUGGUGCAGUGCCGGUGUGACCACAUGACUCCCUUCGCAGUGCUGCUGAUCCCAGGGCUGGAGGGGCAGCUGGGCCACCACUGGACCAUCCUGUCCUACCUGAGCUACAUCGGCUGCGGCCUCUCGGCUCUCUUCUGUGGCAUCGCCAUCUUCACCUACGUCAUCCUCAGGAAGGUGUGGACGGACACCUCUGCGGAGAUCCACAUCUCUCUGAGUGGAGCCCUCCUGCUGCUGAACGGCACGUUCCUGAUGAACGAGUGGGCAGCAGGCCAGGAGCCGGCGGGCGUGUGUGUGUGUGUGGCCGUAGCCAUCGAGUACGCGCUGCUGAGCUCCUUCACCUGGAUGGCCAUCGAGGCGCUGCACCUGUACCUCAUGCUCAUCCGCGUCUUCAACGUUUACUACGCACGCUACAUGCUCAAACUCUCUCUCAUUGGCUGGGGUGUUCCUGCUGUGGUGGUUGCUCUGUCCAUGGUGGUGAGACUGGACGAUGGUCAUAUUGCCUACGGUCUGGUGGAGAACCAGGACUCUGGAUACUGCUGGAUCCGAGACCAGGUGUUUGCGUACGGGCUGAACGUGACCUUCUUCAGCCUGGUGUUCCUGCUCAACAGCGGCGUGCUGAUCACCGUCAGCUGGAGGAUCCUGCGCACGCGCCACUCAGCCAAGGGGGCGGGGCCAGGCCAGGCGGCCGGCCAAUCCUGCGGCAGCGUGCUGACGGUGCUCGGCCUCACCUGCCUGCUGGGCUCCUGCUGGGGACUCGCCUUCCUCUCCUACGGACACACACACACCGCCGUGCUCUACCUCUUCUGCAUCCUCAACUCCCUACAGGGCUUCUUCUUGUUCCUGUGGGUGUACGGGACGGGGAGGAAGAGGCGGCGUGAACAGCAGGAGGCCACCUCCACCUCCAGCUCCAUGGAUGGGUGGGGGUUGGACCUUGGGAGGUUCAGUGGUAAUUGGGUGCACCUGUAA